AUGGCACUUGUUUCUUCAGAUAUUCAAGAUGUGUCUCAUAAAGAUGUACCAGCUUGUUCAGGAAACUCCGUUAGAUCUCUAUUGUGUGAUCAAACAUUCUCUGGGGAGUUGGACUUGAGGUCUAUGAUUGAAGAAAAUGCUAUUCAGACUUUGUCUGAAGAAUCCUUUAUAAAAAGGCCAUGUUACACACAUUGUGUCCCUGAACCAGAUGAAGAUUAUGAUUUUCUUUCUCUGACAUUUCCAAGAAAACUCUGGAAAAUGGCUGGGAGUGACCAAUUUAAAUGCAUCUGGUGGGAUGAUAUUGGAACUUCCAUAGUGAUUGAUGAAGAUGUCCUUAAGGAGGAAGUUUUGGAAAGAAAUGCCCCUUUCAGAAUAUUUGAAACUGGAAGUAUGAAAAGUUUAGAUAGACAGCUUAACCUUUAUUUGCUUUGUAAAGGGCAGCAAAAUUUUCAAAGAUCUGCUUUUCUAGCAGACUUUCUUGCAGAAGAAAAAGAAGUCUCUGUUUUAAGCAAGCUGCAGUUCUAUCAUAAUCCAAAUUUGAAACGAGGCUGUCCCCAGCUUUUAGUGAGAAUAAAAAGAAGAGUUGGGAUUAAAAAUUCCCCUCUUGUAUAUUCAUUGGCUCAAGAUUUCAAAAAGAAGCACUUUAAAGGAGGGGGUAAUAUUGGUAAACAUAAUUCUGAUUUUGUGGAUUACACUAUUGGAGAAAGUGCAUUUUUACCUUCUCCAAAUUUAAACAUGCCACUAAUAAGAAAGCCCUCUACUAGCCACAUAAUUUUUGAUACAAAUAUCCCGGUCAGAGUUGGUUUUUCUCCUUCAUCAUCAGUGUCAGUUAGACCACCAGAACAAAUUGCAGUGGAUCAACAUGAUAUUUUAAAUCAGCUGACCACUGCCCGCGGGCGCUCUCAAAACAGCUACACUGAAGCAAAUGGCCGUUCUGUGAACUUCAUUACAACUACUACAUCUACUUCUCAGUACAGCAUCUUGUCUCCCAUACACAGCAAUUAUUUUGGACUAAUUUUGGAGCCUUCUGCUUUUCCAAAUAGAUACCACAACAUAUCUGCCAAUGAAGGUCAUUUUUCUAAACUUCAACCUGGGAACAACCCAUGGUUUCCAGUGCUAGUGAUAGCUGAUACUUCAGCUAACUCCCUUUCAAGGCCAACUCAUCAGCCAUUUUCAGUUUAUGAACGUCAUCUUAAUUAA